UGACAGAAUGCACAUCGACUGUUGUAAACAAUAAUGCAAUCUGCAAGUAGGUGUUUAGUUUCAAUGAAAACAAAUUAGUGUAUGGUUAUUUUUUUUAACCUUGAGCAUGCAAUUCAUUAGGUCUAUUAAAACUGUAUAAUAUAAUAUGAUUUUACUUGACGUCAUUGCGGAAUGAUUUGGAGUACGUGCAUAGGUAUACAUAAUUAUUAUAUCAUCCAUUUAUUCUGGUUCUGCACGCUGCACUGAGUGCAUUUAUUGCUACAGUAUGUGCGCUGACAAGACGCCGAUACCCAGUACUUCUAGCCAAAAAAAUGUGAGUAAGUCAAUAAUAUAUAAUUUUAUAUUAAUAAUAAAUACAAUUUAUUUUAUCAUUUGGUAUUUAACAAAAUAUUAUUAUUAUUUGUAUUUAAUAUUUCAACUCCUAGAACUAGUUAAUUCUGAUAUAAUAGCUAUAAUAUUUUAAUACAUACGCUUUUCCCUCUUCGUAAUUACGGUCGUACAGGAAAAUUCGGAUGCAGUUAAAUAAUUUUCGUUUUAAUCUAUACGCCUGCAUGGCUACAUUAAAUCAUUAUAAUUACUAAAAUGUAUCCCAUUUUAAAUAGCUAAUCGUAAAGUUACGAGUAUUGAUUUGCGUCACGUGCGUCUAAUCGCAAUCUACAGCCGUGGUGUGCACGCCACAAAGGGCUCUCAACCGAUCACACGGGUAUUAUGCCAAUCCAAUGUAUAGCUGACAUUAUGUUAACCUAUCUACACGGUUACACCCAUUCAGGGGAGUCACUUGCGACACUAUCUUUUACGUUAUCUUUUAUUCUAACCCUUUAUGCGUCACGUCACGUUUUACAAAACCCAUGAACUAUACUCUUAUCAUCAAUUCUGUGCGCGCGUGUAAUUAUCGAUUUUAAGCAGACGUGCGGCAUAAUAUUUUGCGGAUCGUAACAAUACCUAUUAUUUUGAGCGUAGUUAACAAUUUUUUUCACUUACGUUUUUUUUUUACGAUUGAAAACUCACGGUGAAAAAUUCAACUGGAAUAUAUAAUAUUCAGAACAAUUCAGCACAUUAAAACGAAUAAUAUAUAUAUUUAUAUAUAAUAUAUAAGUACUGUAAUACUAAAACAUAUAAUAUUACUUUUGGGUAUUCUAAUGAUAGGUAUUAUAAAUAUUGAAUUCGUACAAAGUCGAAAAUAUUUUAUUGACAAUAAUAUAUUGAAUCAUUAUUCGCUCAUAUUAUUAUGUAAACGAUUUUAUAUUGACAAACGUUUAAUCUUACAUAAUUAUACGUAAUUAUGGAUAAGACUUAUAGAAAUAUUGUAUGCAGUUAAACAAAACAAUAAUAUUCAAUAUAUAUUCAUACCUAUUCGUAAAAUCUUAACUUCAAACAUAUUUCAUGAAGGUUCUCAUAAAUUCAUAACAUACAACAUCUCAUACUCUAAUAUAUGUACAUUUUGAAUUAUUAUUUUGUAUGAUUACGAUCCAUUAUUAUUGGCAAAAUGAUAUAGUGCAUCGAAAUGAUAUAUUUUAUGAUAUGAGGUAUGGUGUUGUAUUAAAUUUAAAACCGCCUUGAUCAACGGUAUAUGAUGAAAUAAUACGCAACGAAUAAAAUGUCCAAUAGUAAUUCUAUAAUAUUGUAACUGAUAAUAGUUUAUAUGUCUUUGAUAUGACGAUUAUUAGUAUUAGUGAUUAGUGUUAAUUAAUUUAUGUCAGCUGUUCAACGGUGUAGUGCUACACCUAAUAUUUCAAACGUAAUUAUACCAAUUAUACCUACACUAUAUUAUAAGUACAUUUAUAUAUAUGUAUGUAUCGACUUCGUUGGAUUUUUCAUUGACACGUGUGAAAAUUCAAUGGAAUAUAAAAUGUAAUACUCCAUAAGAACCUGUAUUACUAUACAAAAUAUAUAAUAAUAUAAAGUAUUGACGUAUUGUAGUCUAUAGUAGGUACUGAAAAGAAAUUAUAAUAAAUAAAAUAAAAUGUUUUAAUUAUAUAUAGAAAACAAUGAAACAUAUACACCAUCGGUCAUAGCGAUCAAAUUGAAUAAGUUUAAAAUAAUUCAAAAUAGUCUUUAUUUUGUUUUGUUUUAAAUAAAUGUCUUUUUAAAUAAACCCCGUCACUCUUGCUAUGUAGAUAUUUAUAAACAUUUAAAUUUUGAAUCUUAUUUAAAAAACAGAAGAACCAUUUACUAGAUGUGAUUUCUAUUUAAAUUAAGUACUUAAUAAUAAUAUUGACGACUACUCCCUUCUAUCUAAUAUUUUCUUUAAAAUAAAGACUUAUUUUAUAUUUUUUAUUAUUCACAAAACUAUAUGGCCAGUUCAACUAUCGAUAUUUUAUUUUCUAUCACUGUCAGAAAUAAAAUGAAUAAUGUAUAAUUUUUAUCUAUUAUAUAUUCAUAUUCUUAUAUAUUCUUUAUAUUCUUGUUUUUUCUACGUUUUUCCCGGUUAUCUCAUGUUUUUUUACAUUUGCUGAGAAAAUUCCUGGAAAAAUAGAAAAAUGACUUCCUUAGAGUACUACCAAAACAAAAUUUCCUUUCAGAAAAGGGUCUAUAUCGUAUACAUUGAAGUAAGAUUUUUGGUAGAAUUUUCGUACAAAAAAAUAAAAAUAAACAUCUUUAUAAAACCAAUAUAAAAACAGAUUGGUGGCUAGAAUAUUUUGAUUUUCUUUACACAUAAGUAUAAUAUUAUACUAAAACAUAGACUUGCACUCUUGCAACAUUGAAUUUUAUUGGGUAUCGCUGAGUUACGCUGAUAUGGGUUUAACCACUGUUAAACCGCAAAAACAUGGUUACUAUUAUUUUAACCGUCAUAAAACAAUUUAUUUUUAAAAACAAUAAACGUUCGCUACUUAUUUUUGUUGUACAUGAAAACGUUAUUAUUGUUUUGGGUUGAAGUAGUAAAAUAUUAUUUUAAAUUUAUAUUUAUGGCGUGGCGUCAGUAUAAUUCAUUUUGGGGGGCCUCUACUACGAAUUUGAUGACGCAUCGUCUUCGAAAUGUCUUCAAGUCCUAAGGACGUCAUUAAACAUUUCUAGAUAAAUCAUAAACUUUAUGUUGCUUUUAUUUAAUGUUAAAUUCACAUUUUAGAUUCUGAGUGGCGCGAAUAAACUUAUGGUUUUACAAAAAUGUCUAUUUUUUUUUCUGCGGACAAUUUUUCUACCAGAGAACUUGUUCCAGUUUUUACGUGUAGCAUAUUUUCUGAAAGGAAAUCGGCGUGGGGAGGUACUUUAGGGAGGCCAUUUUUCGAUUUUUUUAAAAGUUUUCUCAGCAAAUGUGAAAAACAUAGGAAAAACGGGAAAAUCGGUAGAUUAAAAAAAUUGUAUUAAAGAUAAUAUAUAAAGCCUAUUUAAUUAUUUUACCAUAAAAUGACAUGUAUAUUUUUGACAAAGCAUUGCUAUCAACUAAACUCCGCUCAGAAUCGUUUUUUCGUCAACAAUGGUUAAUCGUUGCUUGCAGAAAUAGUAACAGAAAUAUAUAAAAUUACUCAUAAAAGGGGUUACACCUGUCCCCAUUAUCUUGUAAGGCGUCAAUUUUUACUUCUAAAACGUACACCUAAAAUUUCGACAGGUAUUUCAUGUAUAAAAUAUAAAUACCAAUACGAUUUUAUUAUUUUUUCAAGAAAUAUUCCAUUCUAAAUUCCAAUGCUAAGUCAUUAUUAUUAAAUUAAUAUUAACUACUAUUUCGAUACAAUUAUAUUGCGAUGUGAAACCGUAGCAAAAAAAAUAUCUAUUAUAAUUUUUAAUUUUGAUAUCGAGUGCAGGGAAAAAACUAUUCGUUGUACUAAGACGUAUUUUUUUUCUUUUGGAAAACACUUUUUUAAGCGUGUAAAAUGCUCUGAUUAUUUCACAUCGUAAAUAAAAAUUUGCUGAUUUUUCAUCUUUUAUUUUAUUUAAAAUAUUUUCUUAUAUUAAAUUAUAUUAAUUUUUUAUAUUAUAUUAAAUUAAUUAUAUUAAAUUAUUUAUAAUGUUGCUUAAUGGUUUUCUUUCCUACGGUUAUUUCGAAAAUUUGUAUUAACCAACAACAAAAUCAAUGCAUACGUAUUAGAUAUUAUUAUUUAUUGCACAUACAAUUUCGAACAACAACAUAAUGAUGUACAAAUUAAAUUAAUAAUAAUUAUAAUUAUCCUGUAUGUGCCAUAUACAGACAUACCUAGAGAGUAGAAAGACUAAACAAUAAAUAUUUUAUCCAUAGGUAGUCUCUUCAAACAUGCCUAUACUUAAAUCCCUGUUCAGACAUACAGUUUAUAAAAUAGCGAAUUGCUGUUUGUAUCUCAACUUGUAGCCAACAAAAAUAUUUUACACAAUGUAAAAAGGAUGUUUUAGUUGAUGUUUAAGGAUGUUUAAGUUAUGUUCAUUUCAUUUUUUGAACAGCAUUCCAAAUCAUGAUUGGGAAUGUAGCUAUAUAAAAACCUGAAAUGUACAAUGUAUACGUUUCCAGGUUUCUCCAGGUACUUGUACGAUUGUUCUCGCACUAUUCACAAACACCCUCGACAAAUGAGAAUUAUUUUAAACAUCGCACGUUUCCUAUAGAAUUUAAUAUAAUAUAGGAGCCUAUAAUAUGUAUACUUACGGAUCCGCCGCGCCGUGGCGUCGGGGUUCGAAUUUUCCAGCCGAAAUUCCAUUGGUAAUGAAAUACGAGUACGUGAUAAACGAUAAUAACGAUUAUAUUAUGCCUACGAACCGGUACUUGCCCAUAGCAGUGUAUACAAUAUUACAUUAUUAUUGUGAUAAGUGGAAAGGAAUGCAGUCAAUGCAGACCACAAACGUGACCUCCUCCGGGUUAACAGUUUUUAGAUUUGUAUUAUACCUAUACGAAGUUAGCGGUGGGUCUUGUAGGUAUAUAAUAUUAUAUACCCAGGUAUGUAGUAACAGACGUACGCACGACCAGCAGCCGAGCAAGACAAAAAUGCAGUUCUAUUCAUCUGCGCGCGGGUCCACCGUCAUAAUAUUAUACACAAAGACGUCGUCUUGGGUCUUUGUGUAGGUACAUUAUACAAUAUUAUUUUCAUAUAUUGUAUUCGAAAAUAUUCUCAAAGGGUUUUAACAUCUCCUUAUGAAUUGGAUUCGCGCCUUUUUAUCGUGAGAAAAAUUCCGAUGGUUUUACAAUAAUAUUUUCUUACACAAAAACGGACAAAAUUUCAACCGUUAUUCGUCAAUAGCUAGUUGUUAAUAUAGUAGUGCGUAAUACCCAAUAUCGACGGCACACGUAUUAUAAUUGUAUAUUUUUUAUUUUUACCAUUUUUCGAAACGUUUUAUUCGUGAAAACUACAUGGAAAAAUGUUCUCCGUCGGUGUUCAUAGUAUAAGGCACGGUUUUUAUCACUUGUGUACAUAAAAAUAUUUUAUCGGUUUACUGAACACAUAAAGCAAAUAACGAUAAUAAAAAAAAAAAUUUAAAAAAAACUUAAUUUUCGAUAUUCGAUAACUCUAUAUAGAUAAUAAUAAUAGUUCCAUUUAAAAACAUUAACAAAGUUGUUUUUUAUUAUUAUUAUUGACUUAUCGUUAUAAUAUUAUCUAUUUGUCUACUGUGUGUGGAUUAUAGUAAGCUUAUUUCUUUGUGUUAAAGGAAUGCACUAAACCUAAUAUUCAGCAACUGCGUGAUGACAAUUAAUCUAUUAAACACCUACCGACUUUAUACUUUUGUAUAAACUGACUCGUACAGUCAUUGAAUAAAAAUGCAUACCAUUGUGACAUUUAGUAAUUCAAUAUUAUUCGAUUAAAACGAGUGUUAUAAAAAUUUACAACAAUAUAUAUUGCUGUUGUUAUUAUCGUGGUGACGCGUUUGGUAAAUAAAAUUCUAUGAUAGUUAAAAAAGAAAAAAACAAUUAAAUAACGCAGGAAAAAUAAACAAACUGUAGCUUAAAUUGUCUGGUUCGGCCUUCCCGGUUUUUUCCUAUUAUUAAGAAAACUAUUAGGGAAAUCUAAUUAUAACCUCUACAAAAAACCGAAUAGACAAGAUAUGCUAUCAGAAUCCGCCUUUGGAGUUGUUUACAGACAGAAGAAAAAAGUAUUCUGCAUUAUUAAUCUGUGUGUGUGUGUGUGUGUGUGUGUGUGUGUUUGUACUCUAAUGACGGGCACAUUGGCACCAGGUUUUUAAAAUGUCAUUCGAGGCUCACUAUUUUAGAUAUUCAUGUACAGUUUUACCCGAUCUUGCCAUAUAUUCCUUAUAACCUCAGUUUGUCAAACUCAUUGGGACUACAGCCCUUUCCCCCUCCCGCAUCCAUUCAUGGUGCCCCUGGGUGGGCACAAUCGAAUAGUAAAGUUACCAUCGAACUAUUCGAAAAAGAGUAAUUUCCGAAUAAAAGUAUUCGGCAGUGGAAAAAAUAUUCGAUAGACGACAGUUCAUUUAAACAAUCGAAAACUAUCGAUAUUAUAUGCUAUUCGGAAGUGUCUGUCGCUAGUUUGAACUCGACUACUCGUAUGAAUCUAUUCGGAAUUAACAGAAGCGUCGAAACUUGUCUUAUCGACAAUACAAUAAUUUAUUGUUAAUGAGUUAUUAAUACAAUAUAGAACGAGAGAGAAGAGGGUUAUAUAUUAACAAGUAACCCUCAUCCACGUGCGCGUGAGUCAUGUGGAAUUCGUUCGGAUCGGGUGUCUUUUAUCGAAGACGCAGGGGGGGGGGGUUCUCCCGCCUCGUCCGGUCUUUAUUAUAAAUAAAAUACAUAAUAAUAACAAUGCUUGUUAUCCUUGUUAUCCGAGGAGCGUCGUGUUUGUACGGUUCGGAAUAUUAUUAUUGUUGUUGUUAUCAUUAUAGUUAACGUGUUUAUCGUUUCUCGCGUGUACGACGCAUAUGACUCGUAUCAUAGAAUAAAUGAAAUUAAUCUUUUCCUCGGUAUUAUAAUACAAUAUACUAUCAUAGUAACCACACCCAUACACUGCGCUCGCGUUCGUUGACUGUACACGCAUUAUAGAUAAUAUUAUACAUUUUAGUGAGUGAAACAAGCGAACGGAUACAGGGGGGAGGGGGGUGUUUGGGCGAAGCAAAUAACCGAAAACGGUCAUGUGCGCGCGAGACGAGUAAAAAGGCCAACGUUGCGGCGUCGGAGAAAUGAAAAAUACAUUCCUCGCUGAGCUCGUGUUCUUCGAUACCGAGGAAAAAAUAAAUAAAUAGGGAGUAAAAAUGAACGUUACUAAAAGGAGGCGAAAAAAAUAAACAAACGGCCGAUAAUCUGGUGCGUCGAAAAUUUCGUGGAAUGCGGCCGGCGCUGUCGCAACGUUGCCGUUUCGGCGGUGCUUCAAUGGACCGACCGGUUUCGGUUCUUAACGGCCGGCCGGCAACGUGGCGGCACGUUCCCAGACGGCUGCUGCCGCCCGCGUGGGGCGUGCGGCCGGGGGACAGAUGGUUUAUGCCCGCGACCAACUGCUCGUCCCAGACACUUUGUUGUGCAAGUACACCCCGCGUACAAAGCGCCGCCGCCGACGGUACAGCUGCUGCUCUUGAUUACAAAAAUGAGAAUAUCUGGUUUUCAUUUUUUUUUCUCUCUCCGCACUAUAAUGACAAUAAUAUUAUACAGUUCCACACAAAGACCCAGACGCGCGCUGUUCGAAAAUAUUACAAUAAUAAUAAUAAUAAUAAUGCGUAUUGUUUAUAACGCGCGGCGUAGUACGUCCUGUGCGCGUGAUUACGAUUGUUCCGGUCGCCGGAUGUGCUCGGGCGUGAAACGACGGCGGCGGCGGCGCUCCUCGAUCCGUUUCGGCCGGAGCGUUACGCACCGUCACAACAACGCUUGGUUUAGUAUUCACCGCGAGACCGAAUACCGUGUUAUUUUGUCGCGUAAAAUUUUCAACUCUGGGUGCCGCGAAACCGCAGUAUUUCGUACCGAUUAUCCGCAGCGGCGUAUUUGAAAUACACGGGGUAGGGGUGGGGUGAUGGACGAAUCUCGCCGCCUCCUUGAAAUUUUUCGCCUGCGAUUUGCCAAUCGCGGCCACGGGCCGUAUAAAUAGGCAAUAGGCUGAUAUGGUAUAUUUUGUAACCGCGUUAAUUUCUUGGGUUAUUUUUGUCAGCGUUGCCGAAACGUAGCGAUCACGAUGUAACUGGCGCAAUUUUCUGUCUGUAAUACACAUAGGUACACCGAUGCGGAACAGUGUAGUCAUAUGUCGGUUUGUAGGAGAAUAAAAAAAAGAUUACGUAAUAUUGAUUUGAAAUUUUCGUAAAUAUUUGUGUGUAUAAUUAUUUGAUAUGAAUACAUAAUAUUAUGUAUAAUAUGUUACCGGUAAAAUCGUGCAAAUCUCAGAGAUGCCCGGACAAAAAGCGAGAUUUCCACGAUACUUGGGCGAAACGUCAUGUUUCAAACUUACUGUAACGUCCUCUAUAAAUUUCAAUUUUUCACAUUUCUGAGAAUUUCUAAGAUUUGCCCGAUUUCGGCUUUUGACCGUAUAUGUAUAUAUAUUUUUUUUUUUCGUAAAAUAUUAAUUAUUAUUUACACCUGUACAUUUUUUUUUUUUAUUUGGCAGGGGGAGGCAUUGUAAAAAAAAAAUUACAACUGUUGCUUUUUUUUGGGGCGGGAUGAUGAGGAAACCCCUCGCGAUAUUCUGUGGUGUGUUACAAUUUUCAAACCGCACCUCCCUUGAUUUAGCUCCAGAUACACCAUUGAUUAUCCAGGUGCGUCCCUGAGAAGGGGGAAGCGAUCGGUUCUCCUCGUGUGCCGUAUUAUGUUGACGUCCCAUAUGUGCAUUACCAAAUAUCCGUUGUCUAUAUUAUUAUAGUUCUUAAGAUGCAUUUACGAAAAAAAAAUCGUAUCAAAAAUUUCAAUAUCUAAUUCCCCCCUCUGUGAAAUUGAUCAGGAGACGUUGCUGCCGUUAUCGAUGGUAUGCAAUGGCAGAUUUUCAACAUUUUUCUGGAAGGGGUCCUGAAAUGUCUUUUAAAAGUAUCUAUUAAUAGAUGACUUUUUUUUGGAUGACAUUUUAUUGAAAUUAUAUUGGUAUCUGCCAGACCUUCUUAUCUUCCCCCUCUCCUAAAUCUACCACUGUAUGUUUGGUAAAUUUGGUAACCACUUGGAUACUUAAUUCGGUAUACGUAAGGCGUUAUUUGCGUGCAUUCACUGCGAAGACUAUUAUAUAUUACAAUAUUAGUUAGUAGAGAGUUUAGUACGUUCGCAUUCACCCGUAUAGCUUACCGUGCACUUUCUCUCCGUAUAAAACCACAAAGCAGAUUUUUAAGCGACUGUACAACUACAAUUGCGUAGUUCGCUUUUUGUUAUAGGUUGGAGCAGGUCAACGACAGGAUGACUAUAGGACCGAUUCCGGUUAUCCAACCGAAGCUUUCUUCCGAAUUUAGAACGGAAUUGCAGUAUUUUCUCUUCAUUUUGUUAUGUCUAUUUUUGUCGACUCUCGCAGUCACCAGUCUGUAAAAUAUGAACUAUAAUAUCCAGAAUAGUAAAUCGUGUAGGUUAAAUACUACUCAAGUAUAGUCACAAUACUUUAGACUUGAGAGUGCAAACCGAUAUUAAUGUGGAUUUUACCUUUUUUUCUUUUUUAUUUACGAAACCGUCUUUCUUGUUACUCGAAUAAAAACUCGCGUGGACAGGUGCUUAUGUCAGAAAAUAUAUUUAGAUUUUCGGUCAUUAGAAUACGUUUGCGUAAGCGCGCAGUCGUGGAAUUUAGUAUGGUUCGAGACGCCGUAUCGCGUAUGGUAUGGUAAUAGGUGCGCAUUAUUCAGUUUACGUACCUACCUGUAUAGCAUUUUAAGGCGUCUCAGAUUUCCUUAUGCGUAGAAAAUCAUACAAAAAUCUCCAUAAUAUUAUAUUACUAUUAUUGUCAUUGAGUCGUACAGUCUCAACGAAAACAUAGAACGAUUGAUUUUGCUGUAGUUAUUAUGGGCUAAUCGAGCGACUUCGUCUCGGCGACAUUGCACAGCAUUAUUUUUUCGGUAUCUAAUCACGAGAUAAAUGUAUGGUGACCCGGUAAAUGGAUUUUUUUUUCUGAUGACCUUCCAGGCGAGUUAAAAUUUAUUUUCGCGAGAAUUUGGGCCGGACGGCAUCGUGUCACGGACGACAUCGUUGCACGCUGUCACGGACACUGUUCUAAGUUUUUUCUCGCAAUAGCUAUAGGUACAUUAUUAUUUUAUUAGGUACAUUAUUAUUAUUUUUAUUAUUGCACUAAAAAAAUAUUUUAAAUUUUUCGUAAAUAAUUAACUUAUAGGUUUGUGUAGAGGUGUACGGCGUACGUAGUUAAAUUAAAACUAGGUAGGUACGUGCGGGCCGUAUAAUGUAUUAAACGACAUUCGACGGAAGAUUUAAUUACAAUGUUUUGUACAGACGGUGCAGCUAUAGUAUUGUGGAUACAAUCGUAUACACCAGCUGCUAAUGUAGGCCACAUAAACGGAAAACAAUGAACGCAAUCGUUUUAUUUAUUUUGUUAACAGCAUAUACCGCGGGCCCAGCGGCAUUUGCAUUUUUUUUUUUGUCAGAAGUGCGUAAACAACUCGGGGUACAUUAACGAACGACAAAUGGCCGGAAAACAUACCGUGUUUUCCCACGUUCGACUUCCGGUGUUCAAGGCUCUUAUGCAUCCUAGAAUAUUCAUCAACGAGCCCGUGACGGUUCGGGAAGCUAUACGGUUGUCGGAGUUUGAUAAACGAAAUGUGGCUGCACUGCAGUACCGUCCGAAGUACACAAUGAAAAUACAUUUUACUGAAUGGUUUUUUCGUCCUGCCUGCAACCAGCUGAGCCGACACAGCGGCGGCGCUACGCGGUAGGUCGCCGUCGCCCGUCACCGCGAUUGCGUGCGCCGUGCGAGGCCAGGACGAAUUCCAAUUCUGCUGUUAUUGGAACCGUGACGAAUUACAUUUAGCACUGUUUUCGAUGUUUUACUUGCCGAUUUUGCGAAAUCUCGGUCAAAGAUUCCCGUAUGAGAAAGAUAAACCACUUUAGCCAACAUUCGACUAUACCGAGAAACUUUAGAAGAUCGGGAAAUUGUCGAUGAUAUUAAUAUUUACAAAUUUACGUAGACAAUUAUUAUUAAUAAAGAGUUUACACAGAGAAUCGUCGCCGUCUCCUAUUAUUGUACUAAACAUAUUAAUUAUUGUUAUUAUUAAAUACUGUUUACGUGCAAUUUUCGAAUUGUCCUAUUGUACUACGCAAUAAGUUAGAAAACAACAGAUUAUUAAUCUUCGUGCACAAUAUCGUUACGAUCUAACUCAAACAACAAUUAGACUGAAAAUUGACAUGCAAUUUAAUUGUUUGUGUACUUGUGUAUUAUAAUACGCUAGUCAGUAUAGGCGUAGAAUGGUGCAGAGUGGCUUGUAGCCUCUCCAGAAUUACCUGCAGCCACCCUGAAAAAUGACCAUACAGAAAAAAAGUUUUCUCUUUACAUUUUUUUUUGGUGAAAAUGUACAAAAUUAUAAAAGACAAUAAAAUAAAAAUAGCAACACGAUAAUAAUGACAAAUGGCUCUUUUUUAUGUUCGACCCGAUAGCAAUGGAGGAUCAUCUGUUUUUCACAAUGCUACACUCGUGCCAUCUAUUUAAUAUAAUUACUUUGUUGGAAAUCUUGUUUUCCCCUUUGCUGAGCAGGCUCACAUGAAUAGUGCAAUCAAAUAAGUACAACUUAGAACGGGAUGCGCGGGCUGUAUUUGUCCCGCAAUAUCCCCACAACAACUAACUUAAAUUUCACAAACCAGUUCAGAAAUCCACCAGCCUGGAGCCCGAUCCCUUCAUGACCAGUUUGACGAACCCGCCGGCCUGGAUUCGCGUUUAGGAAUGCGUCUUCGCAGCGAUAAAGCGUAAACGUCCACUGUCCUGUCGUGCUGACAGAUAAGAUGGCAAUACAAAAUGUCCUAGUUGUUACAGCUUAUCAGUUAUUUCUACAAUGAAAUAAUCCGGGUGGCGGAACAAAUAUUUUUGUUUAGCUGUGAAUGAAUUAUACCUAUAUAUAGUGAUGGCUAUACUAUUUUUCUUGUAUUUAAUUACACGAGUACAAAUAUUAUAAAGUACUUAGGUACUUUAUACUUCGUGAGGAGGUGAAUUCCCGAAACCCACACGUUCGUUUUUAAGUAAUCUAGUGCUUUUAAGGGGAGAUAAGGUUGCAACGACACCUACAAAUAUGUAUACGUAUGUAAACAACUUUGUUAGGGCUAUGAUAGAUAACUAUUACGCUACGUCUUUGCUUUUCAAGUUAUCUGCAGUGGUUGGGUAUACAUAGUGACGUCGUGACCAUAAUAUUUCAAACUCUAUUAGUGCAAUAUUAAUACAAAUCAUCAUCCCAUGUUUUCCCCUUCCUUUUUUCACAUAUAAACGUAUUGCCAAACCUUAUUUUAAGAGCUAAGAAAUAGUAUUAGAGAAAUGUUUUCGUUCAUCACGCAGUUGGAUAUACCUACUGGAACACAAAAAUCUAUUUGAAAUAUUUCUGUAUACGCAAUGAGUUAUGUAAAAAAUGUGUGGGUGACCUCAUAUUAUAUGAUAUGCCAUAUUAACUUGAGCUGUCAAUGCAUAUAACAUUGGACGAUGUUUAAAAAUAUAACGUCUUGUGGUUUUUUGAAAAAAUUCAUAAUAAUAUAGGAACGAGUAAUUUUGAAAUUGUAUUCAAUAAAACUCCUUAUAAAGAGAAGUAGAGAAAAAAAUAGCAGUACUGUAGCAAUCGCAUUUUUUUAUUCGUGAUAAAAUAAAUAAUGACGAAUUCGAUAUUGUUGAUUGUUUAUUAUUGUUAUUUAUUAGUCAUAUGCAAGUUAAUAACGUUUAACCUUUGAAUCAAAUUCUAUUUGUUCAGAUAAUAUUUGUAUUUAUUUCAUUUAGAAUGGUUAUUUUAAUAAUUAAAAUAUAAUACUGUUUUUAUUUAUUAGUUUUAUAAUACUAAAUCAACCAACAGAAAAAAAAAAAGAAAAAAAGAAGCAUAUUAAUCCCAACAUUCGAUGGGAAUAGAAAUAUACUACGAGUAGGUACACACGAAUGACUGAUUACUGAACAAAAAACAAAGAGCAUUAUUAAGCCAUUUCAAUAACUAUUUUUAUUGGAAAUAAGAUUUGAAAAAGUUCUAUAAAGGUCAUAUAGAAAAUUAGAAUUAUAUCUCAAUAAUUAGGUAUCUACCUAUAAAAUAUUUAAAAAGUAGGUGAUUUUAAUCUCAAAGUAUUUUCUGCUAGGUAUGUAUGUUUAGAUUUGUAUUAUCAUAUAGAUAUCAUACACGACCAAGGUUAAUUAUAUCUAUUUCGGCAAAUGUAAAGCCGUAAAGGUAAACAAAGUCUUAGUCAUCAGUUUAUCUGUCAUUCCAAAAUCAUUUAUUAGUUAGAUAGUUCAGAUUAUACUUAUAGUUAUCAUUACUACAAAUUACUUAUAAUAAAGUGUACUACAAUAUAUUUUGCCCAUAAUCUUUUAGCCACCGACCGGCAACGAGUUUAACGAGUAGUAACUGUACUUUUUAUUUUAUAUUUCAAAUUUCAAAGAGAUUCUGAAAGUCAAUAAAUAUUAUUAAUAGGUAUAUAUUUUACACUAAAUAACGAAAAUUUCGCUGCGAAAUAGAAAUAAAAGUCGAUUAACACUAUCUGUUGGAGAUAUAAGGUAAACACAUUAUUUCGCAUUAUAUUUUAUUUGGUUUAAGCUCUGAACUACAAAAAUAAUCCGAUUCCAAUGAAUCCCUUGUCCCUCCACGUUUAAUAUAUCAGUUAUUGUUACGAGUGUUUUGUAACAUAGAAAAAAAAUUAGAUAUUAGGUUAACUUUUGUUUAGUUUUAUUCCUAUUCGUUAUACUCGUAAUACGUAUGCAUUAUUGCGGGUAUAAAUUAUAUUCCGUACGGUUUAUGUUUAGUUUACAAACACGCUAAUAAUUUAAAUAAAAUAAGUACUUCUAUAGGUUACGUCAUAAUAAACAGGUCGCUGUCGUCUACGCCAUGUUUAUUCGAAUGUCGAAUAAUAUAAACAAUACAUAUAUUAAAUAUAUUUCACUUAUAAACUAUUCCGUCGGGGGUUUUUUUUUAUAGGUAUAUGGAAUCGUAUUAUCAACGAAUAAUAUAGAAUAGACAUUUGAUCGGCAGAAUGAUUUUUGUUUACUUGAGAUCUGACGUGUAAUCCUAAGGAAACGUUUCCAACGUUUGUUUACCCGAGUUACGAAAACGUCUGUAUUGAUAUCAAAACUAGAGACCAAUAUUUUUUUGUUAUUUCAGGGCGCAUUCAUCUAACCACUGAUAUGACCUAACUGGAUAAUAUAACUCUUUAUUUUUUGGGAAAGCUACACGAAAUACGAUAAACAUUACUCUCGUAAUAAACGCUGGAAAUUAAUUGCAUUCAUGGGUGCUUAGAGGUGAAAUUUCUGGGGAGGGACAGAAUAAAAAUACUAUCAAAAUUUAUGCCAAAUAAAGGUAUAAAGGGUUUAGUUUAUUUCGCGACAAAAUUUGUUUUCAUAGUUUGAAACCUAUACAGGGUGUCCUACAAAGGUAUACCCAUUGUAGUAUAUUCAGAGAUUAUAAAGAUAAUCAAAUUUUGUUUUUUUUUUUUUUAAACUAAUCACAGGAAUAAAAACUACAAAUAUUUAUAUUGCAUUAAUUUUUCACAUUUCGGUAAAAAAUUUAAAAAAAAAUUAUUUUCUCCGAACUUAAACAUAAUAUUAAAAAUCAUGAAUUUAUGAAAAUAAAAAGUAUAUACGUCAAGAUUUUCAGAAAAAUAAACUUUAUAAAAUGGCUAUCUUUAAUUUUUUUUUUUAAAUAAUUUUUUAAAUUUUUCCCUAAAAAAAACAUUAAUUUCAAUAUAAAUAUUUGUAGUCCUAAUCCCAGUAAGUAAUAUAAAAAAAUAACCAGAAUUUGAUCAUCUCUAUUAUCUCCAAAGAUAUUACAAUGGGUAAAUCAUCUUCAUGGGACACUUUGUAAAAGUAUUAAUUCACUUAUUUCUUUUUUAUGUCAUCUCUUAAGUUCCAAUUCAACAUAUACGAAAUUCUACAAGACCAUAUCCAUUAGGUUAACCCACCCCCCGACAAUUUUUCUGAAAAUAGACAAAUGAAAACUACUGAGUGUGUUUAUCAAACAAAAUAAAGUUAAGGUUAAUUUUUGGGGGAUUUUCCUUCCAAAAUCCCAGGAAAAUAAACAAAAAUAUAAAGACAAAGGUGUAGUAGUAUUUAAGUCAAUGUAGGUAAGUACGUAAAAUACGUUAGACGUCGUUAUUUUCGAAGGGGGGUAUUGUCGGUUUCCCAAAGGCGUACAUUUGUAUAACGGUAUUAUAGAACUCGAUAUGAUUUAGAUGGACUUAACAGUCUAGAUUGUGUUAUGUACCUCCCCCCCAAAUAAAUCAAGCAAUUAAUACGCCACACACAGAAUGAUUAUAGGUUGUCACAUGUUUUUCGCGUUUGUGUGUCUAACCCUCCCCCCUUAAAUACGUCAUUAACAAGCUUUUCAUCGAAAUCAAUGACGGUGUACUUACUUUUUAAUAUUUAUAGAAUGCUGUAGACUUUUUAAAAAUCCUAUUUUUUUUUUUAUAUCCUCGUUGAUCUGCGAUCAAUAAAAACCUUUCAUACUUCCAUACAAUAACAACUUGUAUCUAUUUUUGUAAUAACUAUACCAUGUAAGUUUCUCGGUUAAUGGAAAUUAUCAGUUCACAUAUUUUGUUCAAAGGGGUGGGUGGGGAGAGGUGUGAUCGUCUCCUCAGUUUCCUUUUCUCGCAGGGCGCUCGUGCGAACCACGACCAUGGGCGGUCGUGGUUCGCACGUAUAAUUUCAUAAUAAUAUUAUUAUCAUUAUUGUUAUUAUCAUCGUCAUUUUUUUAAAACACAAAUAACAUAAAAUACAACAUUCCGUGGGUAAUAUCUGCUCUAGUGUUAUUCUACGGUUUCCGGCAGCAAAAUAUUAUUGUUAUUAUUAUAUCCUCCUCUCUCCACUCCUAGUGAAACGACCCUCGCUAACGGUGGCGGCCGAACCGUUCCCGAGAGACGGCGCGCGCGUGCUCGGCGCGUAUCGCGUAGACGGUAGAGGGGCCGGUGUACGACCGCCGUCUCUCGAACCUCAGUGCUGAACGCGACGGCCUCCCGCUAAACCGCAUUUCCAUUCGUGUCUUUUGAGUUUUGAUUUCCAUUCAUCCGUUGUUGUCAGCGUUUCUACCGUGUGUUUGGUUCCCACCCGUCCGUUGUUGUGCAACCGUACAAACAGCGACCGACACGAAAACGGUGCCGUAACAAGACGUAUAAAAAAAUCACGCGAAAAAAACCCCAAAAUGGACCUUUAAGCCGCUCCGCUUCGGCAUUCUCCGCGAAAAACCUUUUUGUUCGUGUUUUUCACCGUCUCGUCCCGCUCGGCCCGUGCACGGCGCCCCGUCAACGCCACCAAGCGCGUACCUACGAACGAAAACCAAGGUAUUAUUAUUGUCCUAUUUUUUUUUAUUUUUUUUUUCCUCGUUUCCAUAUUAAUUUAUUGAACAUUGUAUUUUGUUUGUUGGAUUCACGGUCAAAUCCUCGUUGGCGUUCGGUUUGGGCGGCCCAACGACGGUUGGUACAACUCUCGCUGAACGAUCGUUGUUGUGAAGGUUAUAAAUUAUAAUUAUUAUUAUUGCGUGGCCGCCGUAUAAUACGUUCCAUCUGGAUGCUCUGUGAAUAGUUUUCGACCUCGCGCACGUCCAUUUUGCCGACGGGUUUUUCUCUUAGUUAUCGGCCCACCGGAAACUUUUCCUCUCGACCACAUAGUCCGAUAACGACGACUCGUUGUUCAUUGAUGGAUUGAUGUUUAUCUCUAGUCGAUCGACUGUAUCAGUGCAUCACUGAUAGUAUUAUUAUGAUUUUGUUUAUAAUCGCAAUGCCUCCAAUUUUUUUUCCGUUCAUUAAAGUGUGUGAUUAUUGUAUAUUUCAUUGGCUUGCACACGAUUCUCCGAUAUGAGGCCUUUACUAGGGAACUACCAACGUUAUUAAUACCCAAUGAAAUGCGAUUCAUUAUAUUGACAUUAUUUACCACGUAGUUUCGUCGUUUGCACUUCAUUAGGCCUAAUUGAUUAUUUGAUUCCACGCAACUUGUUUUUGUCCGACAAUGGGGCCUUAUGAAAAUAACAAUAUCGUAUUGAUUAAUAUUAUCAGCUGUUCGUCAUAGGGUUUUUCUUUUUGUAACGCUGACUGUAUCCGUUAUGGUUUUUAUUAAUACGCCCUUCUGGUCUGAUUGAUUAAAAUUAAUAGCUAUUAUAUUUUUCAUAUUUAGGUUAAGCUGUUACAAUUUUCACCAAAUUUUUAUUCGUUGGACUAUUGAAAUGGAAUCUGUAUUUUCUAUACUUUUCUUUUACUAUACAUUUGAUUGAGUAAUCAAUGAAGUUAAUUAGCUAUGUCUUAUUAUAUAAUUCAAAUUUUUUUUUAUAUAUAUUAAACAAUGUUCUUUAUUUAAUAUUUUUCCUCAGAGUUUUGAAUUGUCUUUAUUUAUAUCGUUAGUGUAAUAAAUUAGGUGCCUACCUGUAUAGGUACUUAUAUGUAAACCAAAUAAUAAUCUAGGUAGUGAAUAUAAUAUAAAUGUUCAAGGUAAUGACAAAUACAAUUCCUUCAUAACAAUCAUAUGAUUAAAUUUCUAACAACAUGAUACUUUAAUAAUAUCUGUGGUAAUAUUUUUUAACAGGUAUAUCUAGAUUGUAGAACAACUUUUUAAUUAAAUCUUUCUAGGACUUUUAAUUAAGUAAUACAUAGGUAUUACAUAAUUAAAUACAUUAUCUAUGUUUAAUAUCUAAGUACUUUAAUUUAAUGUACCUAUGUUGAUUAAAUCAAUAAAGAAACUAAUUUGUUUAAACAUUUAAUUUUUUUUAGAUGGCACCAUCUCCGAACCAUAAGGCCGUCUUGCAUCCUUUAAGAAAUAUUGUGAAACAAGAAAAAAAUAUAAUACAUAUGGCUAAUGGUUCUCCAAUUAUAUUGAACUCAUCAUAUCCUCUAUCUGAAUCUGCUACUGGGAGUCCACCUGAGCAAUCUUCUGAACCACCUACCUGGGAUUUGACAAUCUACGAAAAUCGUCUGAGAACUUUUAAUGUAGGAUGGAAACUAGACUUCAUUACACCUGACCAAAUGGCUAAAGCUGGAUUAUAUUAUUUGGGCAAACAAGAUCGUGUGCGAUGUCUGUUUUGCUCUAAAGAAUUUGAUUACUGGCAACGUGGUGAUGAUCCUAUUAUUGAACAUAGAAAUAAAUCUCCACAAUGUCCGUUUUUUAGAGAAAGUGAAGGUAAAUUUUUAUAUUAUAACAUUUCAUGUUAAUUAUACUUCUUAGUUUAUUAUAAAAAAAAUUUUAUCAAGUUUUUAUAUUGUAUCAAUUGUUAUAGAUUUGUUCUUUAGGUAAUUUAUUUUUAGUAUAUAUUUUAGGUUGUUGUUUUAGAUUUUUUAUUACUUGGGUUGAAUAACUCAAAAUUAAUAUUGGUUUGUACUGUAAGUGAUUUGAGUAAUCAAAAUUUUAUUUUUACAGGUUAUGAUGUAUGUGGGCCUUUUGGUUUCCCUCCUACCAAUUCUCCGUGUAUCUCUGAAGAGACGAAACAAAUUCAACAGCUCUUUGAUUCUGUUGGUGUUAUACAAGAAAUUAAAACACCUAAUCAUAAAGACUUCGCUACUCUUGAAGCUCGCUUGAAAACAUUUGAUAAAUGUAAGAAACAAAUGAAACAAGAUAUUCAGACUCUAUGUGAAGCUGGAUUUUAUUAUAUAGGUAAAUUUAUGAAAAUAAUUUUAAUGUUACUUUAUUACAAGAAGGUUAGUAGGCAUGGGUUUUACAUUCAAUGUGAAGGCUCCUGUGUCCUCUCCUCUUCUCGAUAUUACUUUAUUAUAUAUAUACUUUAAUAUAUUGUGAUUGUAUUAAUGUUAUUUUAUUAUAUAUUAGGUGAUGGAGAAAACGAUCAGAUGAUAUGUUUCUGUUGUAGUCAAGGUCUUAAGGACUGGGAAGAUGAUGAUGAACCAUGGACAGAACAUGCCAAAUGGUCACCUACUUGUACUUAUGUAUUGCUAAGUAAAGGCAAAUAUUUUGUUGAUUUGGCGCGUGGAUUGAUCCCCAACCAAAAGGCAAGGAUUUCUGUUUAUUCACAUUUCGUGAUGGAAUUUAGAAACUUACAUUCUAAUUAAUUUAUAGGAAUUAUCCAAGAUGAUUGCUAAUAAUGAAGACUUGUCAAUUCUUGAGAAUAAUAAUAUUAAAGUUAAUUUGACACGAAGGUAUAUUUUUUAUUUUAUUAAUAGACAUAUAAUAAUAAGUUAAUAACAGAAGAAUAUUUUAAUUUUUAACUUUUUAUCGAUUUUCUUUAAUAUUUGUUGACACCUAGAAAUAUAGUAAUUAUAAUCUUAUCUUCAUUUGAUUUCAUAUCUAGAUUUAAUUUUUUUAGAGAAUUCAUUCAAUUUAUUAUUAGCUCUUUUUUUUAUUUGUUUUAAUCAGGUUACACAUCGUCUAUCAACAUCAUACACCGAGGUAUAUUACCUUGAUUUUUUUUUAGACACAUUUUACCAUAAUACCUAGUAAAAUAUUUUCAACAAUUUUAUGUAUGAUUUUUUAUGCAUUUUAUUUUUGCACGUCUCAAAUUAUUAUAUUUUCAAUAGAUCGUAAAAGCUUCUUUUAUAUUGUUUUGAUUUUAUUGUGCACAUUUUGUUUAAAUACAUUUAAUAUAUGUUAAUGUACUUACUGGUUAUAAUAUUAUAUAUAAUUUGUUUUUUUAAUUUUUUUUAAUUUUAGAAAAUUAAAUUCUUCAGAAACUAUAGGCAAACAAAUCAUAUUGCCACUGCUAUCUAGGAACAACUCGGGUCAAUUCCAAUCUUCGAGUAAAAUAUCCGAUUCUAUGCUUUGCAAGAUUUGUUACAAAGAAGAAAUGAAAAUAGCUUUUAUCCCGUGUGGACAUGUAAUUGCUUGUAUUCAAUGUGCUAUGACUAUAGAUCAGUGUGCUGUAUGUAGAAUGCCAUUCAACCGUGCUAUGAACGUAAGCAUAUAUGUGGAUCCAGAACAAGAACACGAUGACCAGUUACCGUGUAGUUCAUCACAAUGUCCUGACGAAUCUUCAGAUCAAAUGCUAUGCAAAGUUUGUGGCAAAGAAGAAAUGGAUGCUGUUUUUAUGCCUUGUAGGCAUAUAUAUGCUUGUGCAAAGUGUUCGGGUGAAAUGUGGGAAUGUCCAGUUUGUAAGGAUGCAAUAUGUGCGACUAUGCAGGUGUACUUAUAAGUUAUAGUGCUAGUUCAUGGCAAUUUGUUAAAUAAAAAAUAAUAAGUUUAAUUGAUGCAAUCGAUUCAUUUAUUUGUUCCAGUUGUAAAUAUAACUUUAGUAUGAAACCAUUCUAGUCGUAUAUUGUAAUCAGCAUCAGUUUUAUUUAAUUAAUUCAAAUUUUAAAAGCUUUAUUUUAUAUUAAAAUAUAAACUCUAAAUUUGAAAUUGCUAUGUUGUCGGUAUUUCUGGUAUUUUGACUAAACUUAAGGUUUACACUUUUAUAGUAUGAUGUUGAGACUGAUUUCUUAAUACCCAAUUUAUACAUGAUUAAUUAUUAAUUAGACCCAUAAAUCAUAGAACUGUUUUAAGUUUUUUUUUUUUUUAAUUUUAAUAGUACUAUUUUUAUAUCCUUAUUUUGCACUUGGAAUUGAAAAGUUAUUAUAGAAUCUAAGGUAAAUAUAAUUAAAUAAAAACAUUUUUUUUAUAUACAUUAUUAUUUGCCUUGUAAUUUCUGUAAUUUAUAAUAUAUAUUAUAAGUAAUAAGGAAAAUCAAUAAUUAAGUGAUGGAAGAACUAUUAUUAAAAUAAUAAGAACAAACUAGUUGGUCUCUAGUAAAUUUUGGUCCUAGUUCUUCACUUGACUUGGUCCCUCGCAUCAUUUACACACAUUUGGUGAUUUAAAAACUAUUGGUAAUUAGUGGUAUUUUUUGUAUUUAUUUAAAAUUAUUUUUUAUUUUAUAGCAAAGUAUUCAAAUUAAUUCUUUGAAAAAAAAAACAAAAUUAAAAAUAUAUCACUGUUCUAAUGAAACCAAGUCAUAAGACCAAGAUUUAAGGUGGCUACACAGUACAUGCGUAACUGUAAACUGAUAAAAAUGAUAAUGGGUCGAAUGUAGCUUUGCAAUUGUUAAAAUAAAAGACACAAAUGUUGUCUUUCCAUACGAUAUACAUAUAAUAUAAUUAUACGUAAAUACUUAGCUAUCAAAAAAUUAUUCUUAGUACCAAGUCGUUCUAUAUAGGUACUUAAAGUAAAAACUGUUCUUUGAGUAGUCUGUUAUUUUCUUCAACCUAUCAAAAUUUUACAUCUAAGCUGAUUGUUCUUGCUGAUACUUCCAUGUUAGUUGCUUAUAGAAAAUUAUACUGAAUUUAUAGAUAUAAUUUACUGGAUACACUAAAUACCUGUUCUUAAUUAAAUGAUAACUAUUAAAACAAUGUUAGGCAUAUUAAGAGCUAGUUUCAUGCUAACUAAAUAAUAGGGUGGUAAAUCACAAGCAAUUAAUCAAUUUAAAUUAAUAUAUAGAUAAUUAUAAUUUUUAAUAAAUUUAUACAAUUCCAAUUGUUCAACACCC